AUGAUAUUUCAAUCAUUGCCCGAAGCUAUAAAGUUUUACAAGGACUAUGCAGAAGCAUGUGGUUUUGAGGCUCGCAUGAGCACUAACAGAAAAGCAAACGAUGAAACAAUAACCAGACAGUAUGUUGUGUGUAACAGAGAAGGAGUUUGGGCAAAGGCGAAACAACAUGGCGUCCGCAUCAAUGAUUCAACCUCUAAGAAACGGAAGACAACAUCUUGCAAGGUUGAAUGUAAAGCUAAAGUAAUAUUUAAACUUGCGAUGGGAACAUGGUACCAGAUUACUCAAUUUUUUGAGGGACAUACGCAUUCUAUGGUUCCUCUACCAGCACGAGAUCUCAUGCCAAGCAACAGGAAUAUGGAAGAAUUCAAACAAAGAUUCAUACUUUUUGGUAUCAAGGCUAACAUUGGCCCAAUGCGUUCAUUUAGAAUGUUCGCAGAGAUUAUGGGCAGUUAUGAAGGAAUUGGAAGCACGCCAAAUAACUUCAAGAAUUUUGCCAGGGACUUGAAGGUACACUCGAAAGGAUCUGAUGCACAUAUGCUACUCGAGACUUUUACAAAUAAGCAAGAACUUGGUAACGAAUUUAAGUUCUUCCAUGAUGUCGAAGACGACAAUAAAUUGUGUAGAAUAAUUUGGGCCGAUGAGACUUCGAUCAAGAAUUUCAGAUUGUUUGGAGAGGCCGUCUCUUUUGAUGGUACCUAUAACACAAACAGGUACAAGCUGAUUUUCACCCCAUUCACUGGCAAAGAUAACCAUGGGAGAUGUGUUUCAUUUGGAGCAGCUUUAAUAUCUCAUGAAGACACAGAGUCGUAUGCUUGGGUGUUGGACAAGUUUGUUGAAAUCAUGGGAAACGCACCUCGUAUACUUAUAACAGACCAAGACCCAGGUCUCAAGAAAGCCGUUGCAUCUCGUUGGAAGGAAACACACCAUAGAUUUUGCAUGUGGCACAUAAAUAUUAAAGUUGCUGAGAAGUUGCCUCCGAGACUGAGAGAAAAUGCUGAUUUCAAGACAAUGUACGAUAGUAUUGUUUGGACCGACGACGAUGAUGCGGAUGUGUUUGAGGAAAAAUGGAAGUACAUGAUACAAGAAUUUGAUCUAUCUUCUAACAAAUGGUUCAAUGACAUGUUCAAAGAGAGAUCCAUGUGGAUUCCUGCGUAUUUUAGACAUAUAUCCAUGAGCGGCAUAUUUCGUACGACUUCGUCAUCUGAAAGUGAGAAUAGCUUUUUCAAGAGAUUCAUCAACAAAACUUCGGAUAUGGUAUUACUUUAUACCAAUUUUUGCAGUGGUCUUGAUGCGCAGCGGUACAAUUACAAAUUGACAACUCACAACGACGAGACACGUACUCCUAUGAUGGUCACAAAUCUACCCAUCGAACGUAAUGCUUCCGUUGUCUAUAGCAACUCUGUCUUUAAAUAUGUACAGGAUGAAAUAGAUCAUGCAAGCAAGGCCUGUGGAAUGCAUAAGAUGACGGCUGAAGGGAACGACACAUACUACGAAGUUGAUGACAAAGUAGACGGUGUCUUUUUGGUUCGUCACGCCAAAACCCAUGAUGAAUUCAUAUGCAGCUGUAAUUUGUUUAUUAGGAAAGGUAUGCCGUGCAAGCAUUUGUUCUUUGUAUUCAUAAUUUUGAAUCUUGAUAGUAUUCCUCAAAAGUACCUUGCUGUGCGGUGGUGCAAGUUUAGUAUUUUAUGCCCGAAUGAGUCAUACGAUUUACAGCCUAGUAGCUCAAGGCAGCCUGUAUCAAGCUGGGAAGUUAGCAUAUUUAAGGUUGUUAGUGAGGCAAUCGCGCAUGUUAGAGGCAACAAUGAGUUGGCCGAGGAUUUAUAUAAUAAUGUCAUUGAGGUGCGAGAUAGGUUUGCAAAGAAUGGAUCAACAGACACCCCACAAUUCUCGAAGACUAGGCUUUUUAAUGAAUUCUAUGGUGCGGCCCCUACUGAUACACCCAGCGUCCUUCCUCCCGACAUUGCAAAGACUAAAGGAAGUGGAGUAGGUGGACGAAGGAAAUCAGAGCAAGAGAAAGCAAUGAUGCUCGCAAAAAAACCAAAGCGACUUUGUAGGAAAUGCAAAACUUAG